GAGCCGCAGGCCUGCGAGCGUUGCUUACCUGAGCGUUCCAUCCGCCCAGUGAUACCCCGCCUGGGGACCUUCUCUAGUCGCAGGGGGCGGAGUGCCGCCAGGAGCUCCGCACACUCGACCAGCGGACAGGAGCCCUUCGGCGUGGCGGCACGUUCCGUGCGGUAGGCUCUGAAGCCGCAGGAAGAAGUCGGGCUACGGCCGCGCCUCCCCGCUGCCCCCUGGCCCGCAGGCUGGGUGUGCGCAGUGCUCACGUGACGUGACGUAACCCACCGCCCCGCCCCCAUCGCGGUCUGGCGCGAGUCUCCCCCAGCGGCCGCGGCCCCGCGUGGGGUGAGGGCUUUGGCGGCGCGAGCAUUUCUUGCUGAGCCCGGGCCCGGCCCCUGCCGCGUCACUAGCGAAAGCUGCGGCACGUCCAUGACGCCGCCCCCGGCUUCAGCAGAGCCGACAGAACCGCGCUCAGCCGGCUUCGGCCGCCGCCUCAGUCAGACCCGCCGGCGCGGACGCGGCAAGGGCGCGCGGCUGGGAGAAGCGCGGCCCGCAGAGGUGUCUGGGUUUACAGCUGUAACAUGGCUGUCACAAUAAAAGAAUGUCUUGAGCUUCAGCUGUUGGAAAUGGAAAUGCUCUUUUCAAUGUUUCCUAAUAAAGGAGAAAUAAGCCUUCAGGACAAAAAUGCUCUUACUUAUGUGCAGAUGUACUUGAAAAAUAUAAAAGGAGGACUACCACCUCGGAUUGAAUAUUCAAUUUCUGUUGAUAUUGAUGAGCCAAAGGUAAAAGUAGACUUGUAUCUAUCCUUGCCUCACCGCUACCCUCAUUCAGCACCGCAACUAUUUGCAAGAUCAAAUGCACUAGACAGACAGAAUCAACUGCAGCUCAAUAAACAUCUCACUUCUCACAUCAGUUCUUUGGAUUUAGGUGAACUGUGUGUAUGUGCGGCAGUGCAGUGGGUACGAGACAACAGUGCAUCUUAUUUCCAAAACAGUAACGUCUCUUCUGAAACUGCUCCAAAAGAAAAGGCAGUAAAAAUAAUUUUUCAUCGAAUGUGGAUCUAUAGCCAUCAUAUAUAUAGACAGGAACUGAAAAAGAAAAUCUUUGAUUGCGCAAAGCAAUUAAAUUUGACUGGUUUCUGCCUAACAGGGAAACCUGGUAUCAUCUGUGUGGAAGGGCUCAAAGAAAACUGUGAGGAGUUCUGGCAUGUUAUUAGAUAUCCUAACUGGAAACACAUUUCCUGCAAACAUGUUGAGAGUAUGGAAACUGAAGGAAAUGGGGAUAAGCUUCAUCUCUUUCAUACUUUUGAAGAUUUACAGUUCCAGGCACAUGGUGAUUAUGGACUGAGGAAUGACUAUCACAUGGAUCUUGGCCAAUUCUUAGAAUUCCUUAAACAGCAUCAAAGUGAACAUAUUUUUCAAUUAUUAUUUGGUGUUGAAAGCAAACAUUCAGACAAUUAACAAAUCAAUUGUAUAAAUAGUUUUAAUUUUGCACAAUGUUACAAAUGAUUUUUUUAAGUUCAUCCAUGGAUAUACGAUUAAAAACUGAGUGAAAUUGGUAUACUGUGCUUAUAGUUAUUAUAAUAAGGGAAACUCUGUAAAGUAAGAAAAUCAUAGUGCAAAGAUAGACCCUUUGCUUUUGUUUUAAAUACAUCAUAAGUAAGACCCUUUGUUUUCAGUUUAAACCAAUUUUUACUGGGAAAAAAAUGGGGUUUAAAAGCAUUACCUGUUUUUUCUGAUUUUUGACCUACUUUUGUAUCAUUCAAAUAUAUAAAAAAUAACUUGUUUUAUUAGGAAAAUACAAUACAUUGCAUGAGAUAUGUAUUACAGUAAUACAUUAGUCUGUGUGUAUAUGCAAAGCUGCCUGUUAAAGUAAGGCGAUGUAUUAGUGUAGAAGAUAUACACACAAUAAACAAACAUGCAUGCACGCAAGCUCUGAACUGCGUGCGGAUCUGAACGUACUGAUGAAUCUCACACCUGCCACGUACACAUUUCAAGUUGUUAGCAGAUAACGGUUGAAAAAUUUAACACUAAACUCUGUAUCAGAAUAUGUUUCAGCACACAAGGAAGUAUUCAAAAGUUUUAAAAAAUCAAAACAGGAGAAAAGGAUGAAGUUUAGUGUAUGCGCUGCAAAUGGUGUGGCCCAGUUAUUAAAUGUAAAUAUUUAUAGGCUAUUAGUUCUACGUCUACAACAGUAAACUGUUUAUUCAAAUGAAAUAUUUUAUGUGGAGCUUAGAGAUGUAUUGUUAACUCAGAAGUGCCAUUGUGUUUUGAGUGCUGUUUUAGUUCUGCAGCAAACCACACUGAAUUCUGUUCAUCAAAGCAUUAAUUUACUGAAUACUUUUCCCCCUGUGCUUCCAGCCCCUGAAAUAAACCCUAUUAUCCCAAAAAAAUUAAUAGUUUUUUUUGCAAUGAUUUUCAUCUGCCUUUGGUAAUUGUAGUAAUAAACACAAAUUCCUGGGAAAAAUGAAAUAAAAUAAAAUGCAAAAAUGAA